AUGACGCGCGAGCUGCACAGCGCGUACUUCUCGCUGGCGGGGGAGAUUGCGCGGCGGCGGCCGGAGUUGGGCUUCACGCGCGCCCGGCGGCUGGAGUUCGUCUUCGAGCUGCAGAGCGGUCGGGAGCUUGUCCUGGACAUGUGCAUGGGGCGGCACCCCUCCUACGGGCUCGGGCUGGACAUCGUGACGCCGAUCGACGAGGUCGCCUGGGCGGGCGUCGGCGACAGGGAGUCGCUGGCGAGCUACCGGCAGCCCGCGGCCACUGGCGGCGUCGCAGCGCAGCCGCGGCCCUUCGACGACGUGGCCUUCCUCGGCCUCGGCUUCCUGGUGGGCCGCAGCAUGGCCGUCGACACCGAGCGCGGCCUCCUGACCGUGACGGCGCGCGUGGGCCCGGCCGCAGGCGGCGGCGGGGCGCCCGCGCGCGCCUGA